AUGGGGGGCAUUGGCAAGUUCUCGCUUCUUGGAAAUGUGAGGGAAAAGUCCAAAAACGGACUUGCUGAAUUACGUCACAAAUUUCUCUCUGAUCUGCUAGAGGAAGAUGAUCAUUUUAUUGAUACUUCAACCACUUUUGUUGAGUCUAGGCUCAGCCGCAUGAAAGUUUUCGUUGUUCUUGAUGAUAUUAGUACAUUAGAGCAAUUAGAAAAUUUGGUCGGAGAUUUUCAUUGCUUUGGUCCAGGAAGUAGAAUCCUUAUCACAACUAGGGACAAGCAUGUUCUUAGCAAAGGAGUUGAUAAAAUAUGUACGGUUCAGGAAUUGAAGCCACAUCAAUCCCUUGAACUUUUCAACUUGAAUGCUUUCAAUAAUGGCCUUUCUACAAUGGAAUACGAAGAGCUAACAAAAAAGGCACUUGUUUAUGCAAAAGGAAUUCCAUUAGCUUAA